AUGUUCUCCCUAACAAAGUGGCUGUGGGCGCCUGUUUCCAGGAGCUUUCUAAGGCUCCAGAGCACGGCAACGCAAAAGCCCAAGCAAAAUCUUUUCAAAAACGAGGGAAAGACGGAUCUUGAAGAGAGAGACGAAACUCACGCUAGACAGAGAGCUCUUUUGUCUGCAGAGAUCAGACUCAAGUCAUACGCUGCUGGCCCUGAAAGACCAGGAUCUACGAAUUUCAGAAAACCCAUCCAUGACCAUCUCUUCCACGGUAAGCCUAUCAGAGCGUUGACUGUGGCCAUGAAGAAGACUGCCGGUAGAAACAGAACCGGUCACAUCACAGUCAGAGGACGUGGUGGUGGACACAAGCGUCGUGUAAGACUUGUGGACUUCAACAGAAACAUUCCAGGUACACAGAAGGUGCUCCGUAUCGAGUACGAUCCUAACAGAAGUGGGCACAUUGCCUUGAUUAAGCAUGAGGAAACUGGAGACCUCUCAUACAUCUUGGCUCCAUCUGGAGUCAGAGAGGGUGACACUGUCGAGUCGCUUCGUACUGGUAUUCCUAAGGAUUUCAUAGAGGAGAUGAACGAAACCAACGACGGUGAGAUCGACGAAGCACUUUUGAACUCGCGUAUUAUGCAAAGAGGUAACUGUAUGCCUUUGAGCAUGAUGCCAGUGGGUGCUGUGAUACAUAAUAUCGGUUUACAUCCACACCGUGGAGGCCAGUUGGUCAGAUCCGCCGGUACGUUUGCACGUUUGCUUACCAAGGAACCUAACAAGAACAGAGCCAUUGUGAAGUUGAGUUCUGGCGAACAGCGUUACAUUCGUAUGGACUGCUGUGCUACUUUGGGUACGGUGUCCAACAAGGCACAUUCGUUGAUUAACUGGGGUAAGGCUGGUAGAAGCAGACACAGAGGUUUCCGUCCAAAGGUCAGAGGUGUGGCCAUGAACGCCAAUGACCAUCCUCACGGUGGUGGCCGUGGUAAGUCCAAGUCCAACAAGCUCUCUCAAUCUCCAUGGGGAUUGAAGAAGUUCGUCAGAACAAGAAAGAACAAGCAUGUCAAUAAGAAUAAGGUGGUUGACAGACCUAGAAGAACUGACCAGAAUUAA